AUUUUCUGUCACGUGACCUAUUGCAAGCUAAUCGUCUAUUUCAAACAUGGCCGUCGACUACGGAAUCAACUAGGGGGGUGUUAAAUUUCUUGUUAAUUACUGUGAAUUGAGGCAGAUAAAUGGUAUAAGAUCUAACCAUUCAUGGAUUGGUAGUCCCCAAAACGUACUUUUAUUGUUUUUAUUUGUAAAGACUUAUUUAUUUUAACCUAUUUUCGAGACAGAAGAGUCAACAUUGAUUUCGUUGGGGAAAUUUUACCAUCGAUUGAGGUUUUUAUUUACUUUUAAUAAAUCCAGUUUAAUUAAUUAUGGCCGAAGAAAAUGAGAUAAUUGGCAGUGCAUCGGAAUUUAUAAAAGACCGACUGUAUUUUGCAACAUUACGGGCCAAACCAAGAUCUACAGCACAUACACAUUACUUCUGUGUGGACGAUGAAUUGAUUUAUGAAAAUUUUUAUGCUGAUUUUGGGCCAUUGAACUUGGCACAAUUAUAUAGAUACUGCUGUAAGCUGAACAAGAAAUUAAAGUCUUUUUCAUUAGCUAAGAAGAGAAUAAUACAUUAUACAAGUUAUGAUGCUAGAAAGAGAGCAAAUGCAGCAUUUCUGAUCUCUGCAUAUUCAGUUAUUUAUUUAAAGAAAACACCAGAAGAAGCUUAUCGGCCGUUAGUUGCUGGUUCAAAUCCUCCAUUUCUUCCUUUUAGAGAUGCCUCCUUUGGUGCAUGUACAUAUAACUUGACUUUAUUAGACUGUUUACAUGGUUUAAGUAAAGCCCUGGCAAAUGGAUUCUUUAAUUUUGAUACUUUUGACGUUGAUGAGUAUGAACAUUAUGAGCGGGUAGAAAAUGGGGAUUUCAAUUGGAUCAUUCCCAAUAAAAUGUUGGCUUUUAGUGGUCCACAUUCCAAGAGCAAGAUUGAGAAUGGCUAUCCAUUACAUGCUCCAGAGGCCUAUUUUCCUUAUUUCCGGAAGCACAAUGUAUCAACAAUAGUACGAUUAAAUAAGAAGAUAUAUGAUGCUAGAAGAUUCACAGAUGCUGGCUUUGAUCAUUUUGAUCUGUUUUUCACUGAUGGUAGUUGUCCUACAGAUAAUAUAGUGCGGCAGUUUAUAGAUUUAUCUGAGAAUGCUGAUGGUGCUAUAGCAGUUCAUUGUAAAGCUGGCCUAGGUAGAACUGGAUCUUUAAUUGCAUGUUAUAUGAUGAAGCAUUAUAAAUUCACAGCAGCAGAAUGUAUAGCUUGGUGCAGAACAUGUCGACCGGGAUCUGUGAUAGGACCACAACAAAAUUUCUUAGAAGAGAAGCAAUCUUGGAUGUGGAUGCAGGGUGAUUUACACAGAGCAAAGUCCAAUGAUAAAGAUCGUACGAGACAUCGUCAUCACAGCGUGUCAAAGAUUCUGUCAGGGGUAGAUGAUAUGAGGAUACAGGAUGCAUUUGAUUAUCAUUAUCAGUCAGAUGAUGAUAUGUACACUGGCCCACUAACACGUGGCAGUAUGAUUGAGACUCAGGGAGACAAAUUAAACCAGUUAAAGGUACUGAGGAGAAACCAUGCCAGAUCUGCUACAACUGGUGCAUUUGGGCAUGAUGAUUUGAAGAGUCACAAGAGAGGCACAACACAGUCAUAUCGUUCAGGCGGCUCAAAAAGUGCUCACGCUACUCCUUCAUCGCCGUUAAAAGCCUCCAAAACCAGUACAAGUAAUACCCACCAUACAAAUACUUCUUCAAGUAUGAAACGUGGUACACGGCAUACUACUGGCUCUACACCCAGUGCCAAAAGAAAAUUCAACUCGCAUACAUAUAGUCUGAGGAAAGCUGUAGGCCCUAGCUCCUUCGACUACCUCCUUCGUAAUAAGACAUCCAGUGACAACUUGGGCCUGACGAGCAGUCGAGGUUGGCCCUACAAAUAUCAGUUUAUGAAUACAGUCGGUUCCUCUUACUCGAAGUACUAAAGCCACGUUAAUAAGGUGAAGAGAGAAUGGUGGUUACUGUGAUAAAUGUCUACCUAUGCAGACUUUUUAGUGUUGUUUUAACUGGAGUUAAUUGAUUGUGUACAGUUUGUAACAUAGCACAACCUGCUUAUUAAACCAAAUUGUAAUAUACUGGAGAGUGAUCUCCCUUUGUACAUAACUGAUCAUGGUCACACAAAUGUUUGUCUCUAGUCUUUUUCUUAAACUCUCUCCUUUUAGAAUAAUGUAUUAAUCAAAGCCAGUUUUAUAUUUUUGACAUUUAACAGACUUUUAUGAUGACCAUAUCAGGCCUAUUAUUAUAAAUACAUAUUUUAUUUAUUAAUUUUUACAACAUUUUUGUAAAGUGUUGAAAUAUUUGUAUAGUCUGUAUUGUUGAGAGGUGUGAGAUUCGUAGGUUAUCUUUUAAAUGAAUAAUGGUUUUAUACAUGAUGUUUUGAGAAAACUUUAUUUUAUUAUUUGUUGUUGAUGUGCAGUUUUGAAGGACCCAAGUUGUAUAUUUAAUUCCAACAGUUUAUAAAACAGAAAAGGAAUUUUUAAAAGUGUUUUAAUCACCUUGUUUUAAUUCAGAUUGUUAACAACAUACAUUCAUCAUUGUGCCUUUUAUCACGCACAUUGUACUUGUUUUAGCAAAAAACUAAAGCAUAUUGGAGAGUUUGUUAAAGUAGUAUUUUAUCUUUUACUAACUAGUAAGUUAAAAUUUUGUUGAAGAACCCCAUGAAAAAAUCCAAAAUCUAAAGCUUGCAUUUUGAAAUAAAAUAUUUUAUUUGAUUCCAAAAAAUAAAGCAUUAGAUAUACCAAAGUUACUUUGUACAGUAUCACCUGUUAAUUUGUAGAUCAGUUAAUAGUUUUAUUGAUUCCUGCUUCAUAUUGCUUCCAUAACCAACUUAAUAGAAGAAAAUAUUUACUGCUUGCUUCUUUAUAAAUUUUGUAUUAAACCUUAUCUUUUAUUUAAUAUUUAUAUUUGCAUAGAGCUCAGGUUAAGCUCUGAUUUAUAUUAAAAUGAAUUUUUAGGAAUUUUAAGAUUAGCUUUCUUUAUUUCUGACAUGUGUUGAGCGCUUGCAUGAUACAAUGGCUUUUUAUAUUAUUCACUCUCCUUUUUAUGUUGAAUCACUUUUUAUACUUAUUAGACAUCUGUAGAAUCCUGAUUAUAUAUGUUACAUUUGAUACAUUUUAUAUAUGUAGAUACAUUUUGUUGAAUUUUAAAUAUUUACGGGGCUAAUGUUUUUCAUGAAGAAAAUAAUGGUAUUAAACUAAACUCUUGACACUAUUGAAAUUAAAUUAUGUUCAAACUGUAAUAAAAUAUUUUAGAAAUUAAAAAGAAAAUAAGAACCUAUAAAUAAAUUGUCAGACUGGAAAUUUGUCAAUUUUCAAAUGAUAAUUUAGAUAAAAAUGUAAAUUUUCAAAUGUAAUGAUGUGAAAUGUAAUUGUUUAAAUUUUGAAAAAAGUUUAUGAAAUAAUUACUUUUGCCUUGGUAUGGAAAUUUUUAUGUUAAAAGUUUUGGAAAUAAAUUGGGUAAUUAUUUACAAAAUGGCUAGGAUAGGGGCUUAUUAACAUAGACGUAUGUUUUAAGUAAAACAUUUUUUUUAUAGAAAAGAUUAAUCCUUUAAAUAUUAUACAAUGUCAGUUAUUUCUAUUUUGUGUCAUUUCAGAGAUGUUAUAUCAGUAUAGUUGUUAUUUUAUUAAUAAAUCAGCAUUGCUAUAAAUAUGAUGCACCAAUCUAUAUAUCUUUACACACUGAAUAAGGGAUUAUUCCUCUAUGUAAACUUGUUUUUCGAACUUUUCAAGAUUUCUAAGAGGAAAAAUAAUUAUAUCACCAAACUAUCCAAUAAUGAAAUUAUAAAGAAGAAUUAUUAACUUUUGAUUAAGAUUUGAAAAAAAAAAUCAGAAAAUUUGGACAAAUAAAUUUGGUGAAACAUGUUUAAAGUAAAUGUUUGAUUAUGUAUGAACGUGGCAUGAAAUGUACACAAAAGAAGAAUUGAUAUGUGUUCGUUAUGUCGCUGAUCCUAUCUAUCCAUUCAACAUCCUGUCAAUUGACGAAUGUCAAAUUGUUAUGAUUAGAAAUAUAAAAAAGAUAUUCAACCAUAA